UUAUUAUUUUAUAUAUAAAUAAUAAUUCCGAAAAUCUCAAAAUUUCUGUACUUUCCCGGUUAUCCUCCUUCCUCUACCUGAAACCCUGCUCGUGUCCAUUCCUUAUCUCUCGCUCUAUCUCUCCGGAACUCUCUUUUAUAAAUGUGUAUAUAUAUGGUAUAUCCAAAACUAAGUUCUUUUUCAGGCUAUCAUUUUCCUCGGUAGCCUCUGUCUCUGCUCUUGCCCACAUUGGAUCUGGGUAUUUUCUUGCUUUCUCUUCAAGGGUUUUGUUCAAUAUUGGGGUUCUCGUAGGAGAUUGGCAUUAUUUGCUGAUCUCUGGUUGAUUAUUACUUUAUUGGUGGAAAGGCACAGGCUUUGAAGACUAGUUGCCUUGCAAUUAUUGAAGAUCUAUAGGUUUCAUUGCAAGUUAAAACUGGAAAGUGUUGCUUACUUGAUGAAGUUUGCUUUUCUAUUGGCGCUGCUCGCCAUAACCAUAAUUUGUCUUGUAAAUUCACAAUCCUGAAGUGGGUUGACUUUGAGGAUUGAAGUUCAUCUGGAAAGAAAGGAGAAGGUAAUAUUGGUAGCUAGAAAUGGAUUAUAAAGAUGGAGAUUUUGAUGUUGAUCUAGAAAAUGGGCUUAGAGUUAACGCUGAAGACCCACACAAAGACUACAUUUCUGUUGUAAAAAUUCAAGCAAAGGAGUUGCUUGGUAAGAUUUAUGGAGUCUUUGUUGAUGGUACAAUAAAUGACGAGGAGGGAUUGAAUUUGUGUCAUAAUGCACCAAGUUCGAAUGGAGUUUCCGUGGAACAAGUGAAGUUGGAAGGUGAGAAGACUGUUGAUCAUGCUGAGAAGAAAGUGGUAAAAGAGAAGCGUAAAAAGAUGAGCAACAAAAAAGCUUCCAAGCCUCCUAGGCCACCAACAGGUCCAACGUUGGAUGCUGCUGACCAGAAGCUCAUCAAGGAGCUUACUGAACUGGCCAUGUUGAAGCGUGCAAAGGUCGAGCGAAUGAAAGCCUUGAAGAAAAUGAAAGCAGCAAAGGCCUCAUCAUCUAAUAGCAAUACGAUUGCUAUGGUGUUCACCGUUCUCUUUUGUCUUGUAAUUGUAUUUCAAGGAAUGUCAUCAAGAGUUGCGUCUGUAAAUUUACCUGGAUCCCCUGUAUCAAUAGAAACAGUGGAGAGUGGUUUAAUUACUGUGCAGUUCUUUGGGAAUCCAUCCGCAAGUAAUCAACCUGGUUCUGGGUCUCCCAAUUCUAUAAAGCCAAUUGCUGGUCAUGAUUCUCCUGAAAUCUGAGAGGAGAUACGGGUUAAAGCAGAGAAAAUCUUGACGUUAUGUCCAAGCUUACAUUUGAGGAAGCAUAUUGCUAGUCCUGGUAGUUCUCAUGCAAGCUUAAUAUAACUUGCACUUCUCGCAUCAAGUGUCCUCUGAAAUUGAAGUUUGGUGGGUUAAAUUAUUCCCUCUUUGUACACUGUUUUAGGAUGGGAAGUGAGUUAAAUUACCAAACUAGUUUCUUAAGUGGCUUCUGAAGGAAAGUAGAGCCAUGUAUUUAGGCCAUGCCACUUUUGCAUGUACCGAGUUGCCUCCUCAGCAACAAAUCCAGCCAAACUAUGUAAUAGUUUGUUAUAUAAGAUUGCUCAGGAAAUGAAAUUCAGAAUUUAGUUGUUUGCCAACUAUUUUUUUGGUGAAA